AUGGCCAACAAUCAGGGUUCCAUCGUCAAGGACGUCGACCUGGCCAAUCCUCCGGCGGACAGUGUCUCGGAACUGAGCUGGUCGCCCGUCGCCAACCAUCUGGCGGUGGCCUCCUGGGACCAAACGGUGCGCAUCUACGACGUGUCGCAGUCAGUGAAGGGGGAAGGGAAAGCACUGUUCAACUUCCCUGCCCCGGUCCUGAGCUGCGCCUUCUCGCCUGAUGGGGCCAAGGUGUUGGGAGGAGCCGCCGACGGGUCCGCACGACUGAUGGACCUGGCUGCAGGGACUGAGGCGCAGCAGGUUGCAGCCCACGAGGCUCCCGUUCGCUGCGUUCGCUUCUUCGGGAAUCCUGGCAUGCGUGACCCCAUUGCCGUGACCGGCUCGUGGGAUCAAACGGUCAAGUAUUGGGAUCUGCGCCAGGAUCGACCCCUGGCGACCCUCCAAUGCCAGGAGCGAGUCUACUCGAUGGAUCUCUGUCAGAACCUUCUUGUCGUGGCCACCGCCGGACGCCACAUGCAUAUCGUGCAGCUGAACAACCCGGGCCAAAUCUACAAAACGGUGAUCAGUCCCUUGAAGCAUCAGACACGCACCGUCACUUGCAUCCCUGAUGCGUCGGGGUUUGCCAUCGGGAGCAUCGAGGGUCGCACCGGCUUCCACUACGUCGACGAGAGCAAUUCCAGUCUGAACUUCACCUUCCGCUGCCAUCGGGACAUGUCUGCUGGGAAAAACGCGCAGAAUGUGUACGCGGUGAAUGCGAUCUCUUUCCAUCCCAAGUACUACACCUUCAGCACGGCCGGUGCCGACGGGACUUUUGCCUUCUGGGACAAGGACGCCCACCACCGUCUGAAGCCAUUCCCCAGUGUCGGCGCCCCAAUCACCUCGACGGGCUUCAACCAUGACGGUAGUAUUUUUGCCUACGCCGUGAGCUACGACUGGAGCAAGGGCUUCCGGUACAACACCCCCGAACAUCCCACGCGGGUGGUCCUCCACCCCGUCGACGACGCCGAAUGCAAGCCCAAGACCGCCGUCAAACGAUAA